AGACAAAAUAUGUUUUUAUGUAAAGUAGAAGUUUUAAUGAAUUGAAUAAUUUCAUUGUGACUUUAAGAAAUAUCAUACAUUGUUCAAUUUUUCUCUACCUUCAUUAAUGCUUUUAUCAAGUAGAACGGUACAUGAUUCCCACCAGAGUAAAGGUAAUGGUGUCAACGUUAAUAGAAAAUGGGAGAAAAAAUGGAGAGAAAUGGUAAACAAUCGAAAUCGUUCGCAAAUUGCUCGAAACGCAGUGAAAAAAAUAAUGGAUUCCAGAAUUCCGGUGGAAGGAAAUAAAGAGGCUUUUCAGGUCAUAUUUAAAUCGCGACGUUCUAUAAACGACAAGGAUAGUAAAUUACGUAAAUUUAAAAUCCAUUUACACAAUCUUUCUAUACGACAACGAGAAAUUAUUCUAGAGUUGAAAGAACUCGAAGAAACCGAGUCUUCAAAAAAAGAAUUCGCAGAAAUUAUUAAAAAUUUAUAUCAUCAAUGGUUUUCUAAAAUUUUACCGGAAAAUGCUUCGACAACAAAUUUAUUACAAGAAAAACCUUGUGGUAACGAACUUUUAGAGCAAGCUCAAAUAUUUUGUGAAACGUGCCCUGAAGAACUUACGGAUCUUUGUCACUGGUGUUUACGAACUGCGAAACGAAGAAUGGAGUUGUUAGAUGUAUUGACAGAACUUGAUAGCAGCAUGACAUCUUUAAAAGAAAAUUUUGAGGUGGAGUGUGUUAAAGGAUGUCCGUUUUCUCAGUCGUAUUUGUCAUUUUUAAAAGAAAAAACUUACUGGUUUUCAUACCUAUUUCAUCUAAUGAAUUCAUCAGAAAAUAUAUUGUCUUGUGUAAAAACAAACAAACAUCGCCCAAACGAUGUAGGCGUCAAAAAGUCGAAAAAGUCAUUUCAAAAACAAAGUGAAAUGGGUGAAGAAGAAUCCCGGCUCAAUAGCAACGAUUUUGCUAAGAGUCAUUCAAUGAAAAAAGGCUUAGUAACUGAAAAAAAAGUGAUAUCUCACGAUUCCCGAGAUGUGUGGACGGUACAAGGUAGUAACUCUCUAUCAAUAAAAAAAAAAAAAACUAAAGGAGCUAAAAAUACAAAUGUCUUGCAUAAACCAGUGACACUCGAAACGAAUAAUAAAAAGGAGAAGCUAACAAACAACAAAUGUUUUAUUCGUAGCUCUAACAAUUCGAUUCAUUGUCCGGACUUACAAAAACGCCAAGAAUAUGACUCAGGAUAUCUUACGUCGUCUACCACUGGUUCACGCGUCAAUAUAUCAACAUGCUCUGAAUUCCCGAAAUUCCCAGGAGUUGAUUUACGCGACAAGUGCAGCAUGAGCGAUCAAACAUUAUCGUCGUACAAUGAAUUUUUGAAAAGUAGAUAUGCAAAGUAUGGACAACAUGGGACCGCUGACAACCUUACAAAAGGAUUACCUUUUUUUCGAAUAGACGAUUCUGAUGUUGUCUAUGAGAAAAUGCGAAAGCAGGUAGACACAAAAACAAUGACUUUAGAAUCUCCAGUUGAAAAAAUUGUCGAAAACUACGUACCGGUUAACAUACAUAAAGGGUUGAUGAAUGGAAUCUUUGAUAAGAAAAAAAUAGAUUUAUCAUUGCAUGUUCAUACGGACGGACAUGCACCUGCCAUGUUCAUCAAUCAAAUGAAAAAUAUUGGUGACCGUAAUAAUUUUGUAUCGGUAGAUAACAAAAACGGGUUUCAUUAUAUUCCCUACAAUAAUUCUGAUAUGAUUCGGUCUCAAUGCGAACCAUCACAAACUCAAAGUGUCUCGUAUCCCCAUGCGGAGUCCCAAGAUAUUAAUGAAAGAACGUGGAAAGGCAUGACCUACGAUACUACCAAAGCGAAAUCAUUUGAAGAACAAAGUUCAUUUGAAAAUGUCAAGGAACAACGUGAUAUGGAGGUGUUGCCACCUUUUAACGGAUACGCUACCUCCUUUUCAACACAUCAACAGCAUGGUUUCCCAUAUGAUUUUACAGGACAAACCGCGGGAAAAAAUACAUUUACAAGUUUGCAUACAGGAUCGGCUUCAGCACGAGAAAUGUAUUCUAAUGAGAACAUAAAGGAAAACCCACAUUUGAUCAAUCUUUCGCAAGUAAAUGAACAUAAAACGUCUACUCCCUCAGUGCUUGAAGCAAAAAUUGCAUCAUCACAAGCAUUAAAAGACUACUACGCAUCUUUAAAAACUGAAAAUCCUUAUGCUUCACCGAUUUAUAAAACCAAUGUAAAUUCUGCAUUGGAUUCAUCUAAAAAUGCUUACAGUUCUUUUCAAAAGAAUUCGCGCUUUUCAAAUAGUGUGCAAGCUUCGAAUACGUCUCAAACUUUUCAAAAUACGCCUCAAACCUUUCAGAAUACGCCUUGCUCAUGGAAAUCUGUACCGCAAAGCACUUAUUCUGCCUCUGUUUCACCUGGAAAUUCAUACCUCAAAUCUUUCAAUUUUACAAAAGGAUACAGUGGAUCACUUUCCCCAGGAAAUACUUAUUCGACCGUAGAAUCGCCUAACCGCCAUUAUUCUUCUUGUACUGAAACAGAGAAAUAUGCGUCACAACCACUAUAUCAAAACACUUUUGCCACACCGCAUGUUACAUCACCCAAAUCACAUCCAACAAUUUUUUAUGCAAAGAACCAAGGUUUUCACAGAACCCCUGUUUCCUACGAGUAUAGCCCAUGUUUAACGACUCCAAAUAGACUUAACAAGCAAGUCACGGCGGAUCCGAACUUGUAUAGGAGGGCUUCGAGUUCUGUGAAUUCUACGUUUCAUCAAAAAAAUUUGUGGGAUAAAAACAAAAAUAAGGAAUAUAAGAAGUUUGGUAAUUAUGCUUCGUACUAUACUGCACCAAGUGCAAAAGCAACUGGACUGCAAAAAAGUGUUUCCAAAACACCACCUUUUAAAGGAUUUUUUUCGUUGUUUUUUCAAAAAAAAACCGAAGGGAACGAAACAUUUAAUGCUUCCCGUUUUUACUGCGCGUCUUAGCGUUGUAUUCACUUCCAAAGUUUAGUGUGAUUUAACGAAUUUUUUAAUAAGUCAAAAAGAUUAUUUUUUUAAAAUAUCAUAGAGCGGAGUGUUGUUGCACGCUCGAAAGAUUAACAGCAUUUGAAACCUACGUUUUGAUGAAUACCAAAAUU